UCCCACACCUCACUCUGAACAUCUAGGGACUUAAAUUCUUCAAAAAUGCCUUCCUCCUCUUCUUCUUCCUCAGUCACUUUGGUUUCUAAGUCCAUAAUUAAACCCGACCAGAGCUCCACAAUCCCAAAGCUCAAGCUUUCGGUUUCUGACCUCCCUAUGCUCUCUUGCCAUUAUAUCCAAAAGGGGGUUUUGCUUACAUACCCUCCAUACUCUUUCCAUGACCUCAUUGUUUUCCUUAAGCAAUCUCUUUCCGCCACUCUGUCUCACUUUUCCCCGCUGGCAGGGCGGUUGAACACUGACCCUGAUGGCCAUGUCCAUAUCCUGUGUAAUGAUGCAGGGAUAGACUUUCUUCAAGUUAAAGCCUUGCAUCUUUCCAUUAAUGAUAUUGUUUCCCCACAGGAUGUCCCUGAUUGCUUCAAGGAAUUCUUCACCUUGGAUAGGACUCUGAGCUAUUCCGGUCACUCCAAGCCUCUGGCUGCCGUUCAGGUCACUGAGCUGAACGAUGGGGUUUUCAUAGGGUGCACGGUUAAUCACGCCGUCACUGACGGCACAUCUUUCUGGCAUUUCUUCAAUACAUUUGCUGAAAUUUGCAAAGGGGUUCAGAAGAUUUCCAAAUCCCCUGAUUUCUGCCGAAGCACCGUGUUCAAUUCCAAUGCAGUGCUCAGGUUCCCUCCCGGCGGGCCUAAGGUCACUUUCUCCAGUGAUGAGCCCUUGCGCGAGAGGAUUUUUCAUUUCAGCAGAGAAUCAAUCCUGAAGCUGAAACACAAAGCCAAUUGCGGCAGCCUGCUGGGUAAACAAUCAAAUUCCGAGGUUUUGGGAAAACUCUGUAACGACGGUUGGAAAACCUUAGGCGGCGAAGCUAACGGUUUGUCUAACGGCAAAAUUAAGAAUGAUACCAAUCGAACGGCGGAGAUUUCGUCGUUUCAAUCCCUCUGUGCUCAGCUUUGGCGCUCGGUGACGCGUGCGAGGAAGCUAGAUCCGUCCAAACCUACGACGUUUAGAAUGGCCGUGAACUGCAGGCCCCGGCUCGAGCCGCGGCUUGACGCGUUCUACUUCGGCAACGCGAUACAGAGCAUCCCGACCAAAGCUCCGGCCGGGGAGCUGCUGUCUAGGGAUUUGAGAUGGGGCGCGGAUCUGCUCCACGAAAACGUGGUUGUGCACGGCGACGCUACGGUGCGGAAAGGCAUAGCGGAUUGGGAGAGGGACCCGCGGUUGUUUCCGCUAGGGAACUUCGACGGUGCAUCAAUCACCAUGGGAAGCUCUCCAAGAUUCCCAAUGUACGAUAACGACUUCGGUUGGGGCCGACCUCUGGCCAUCCGCAGUGGCAGGGCCAACAAAUUCGACGGCAAGAUCUCCGCCUUUCCGGGGAGAGAAGGAAACGGAAGCGUCGAUCUGGAGGUUGUGUUGGCGCCGGCGACGAUGACGGGGCUGGUGAACGACGCGGAAUUCAUGCAGUACGUAUCGGCGAUUGUGUGAGUGAUUACACACCAGUGAAACCGUGUUUGGUGAUUGUUGGUUUACUUGAUAUUGGAUAGUCCGAAGUCCGAACCGAAUCCGUCGGGUUACACUCAAGAGGGUAAAACCUUGAAGCGGCAACGUUUUGGCUGUUCUAUUUCACGACGAGGCGUUUUGAAGCCGUCAUUUUCCACGUGACGGAAUCAAAAUCUUUCAAACUCCAUUUAUGAUUGUGAAUUUUACUUAUGCAGCUAUUCUCCCUUUCAAUAAAAAGAAAAAAAUAACUUUUUUUUUUUGUGUUAAAAAAAUCUUUUUUCUGGA